AUGGGUGAGUGGGGGUUCCUGAGCUCCCUUCUGGAUGCGGUGCAGGAGCACUCGCCCAUGGUGGGCCGCUUCUGGCUGGUGGUGAUGCUUAUCUUCCGCAUCCUGAUCCUAGCCACCGUAGGCAGCGACGUCUUCGACGAUGAGCAGGAGGAAUUUGAGUGCAACACCAAGCAGGUUGGUUGCAAGCAGAUUUGCUAUGACUUGGCCUUCCCGAUUUCUCACUACCGAUUCUGGGUUUUUCACAUUGUGGUGCUCUCAGCUCCAGCAGUCCUCUUUGUCAUCUACUCCAUGCACCAGACCACUAAGAUAAACCGCAACCUGAAGGAGAUGGAAACAAGUGAGGAGGAAGCCAAUCGGGCAGUGCAGAGGACUCAGGCACAAUAUGGCCUCCAGACCAACCAACGCAGCCAAAACAUCAAGACAUUCUACAUAGUCAAUGUAGUUGUGAGGAUCUUGGCUGAGAUCGGCUUUCUUGUUGGGCAGUGGAUGCUGUAUGGCUUCCAAGUGGAAUACCAGUACAUCUGCAAGCAUCAGAUGUGUCCACACCUCAUUGACUGCUUUGUCUCUCGCCCAACUGAGAAGACUAUCUUUAUCCAGUUCUAUUUCAUGGUGGGGCUGGUGUCAGCUCUCCUCAGCUUGGUAGAGCUGGCUCACCUUUUGUUCAAGAACCGGUGCCGGAGAUGCCGCACCAUUGCUCCUCCUCCUACUGUGGCAUCAUACGAACAGCAGGACAAUUGGUCCAAUCAGAAACAAGAGAAAUCUCAGCACUUCUUGGCCCCAGCAGAUGGGGGCCACAAUGGGACACCAUCUCAUGACCAAAUACCAAACCAUUGUGAGCCAAAGGCUCCCUUCCAUCAUAAAAGCUCUACCAAAUGUAGCAGGUCGUCUCGCUCCUCCACCCGAGCAGAUUUGACAGUGUAA